CAUUUUCAACAUUCCUCAAGCUAUAUAAGAGCGGUUCUUCUAUCUGGUAUUAUUCUCUCUGCAUCAGGACUCACUGCAGCAAAGAAGCAUCCAGCUUUUCAUUACUAUGGCUUCAGGUUUUCAGCUGGUGUUGAUCCUCGGCUUCAUCAUGAUGACUGCUGAAGCUGGUCCAGUUCCAAACAUGGCAGCAGCCUGUCCUCCUGGCUGGACCCAGUUUGGAAGUCGCUGCUUCAUUUUCUACUACAACAUGAAGACGUGGAGUGAUGCCGAGGAGUUCUGCAUUUCUAUUGGUGGGAAUUUGGCCUCAAUCCACAACAAUGAAGAAAACAGCUUCCUGAGUGACAUGGUUAUACGGGACACUGGGAGCCCUGCGGUCAUAUGGGUCGGCGGCUACGAUGCCGUCACAGAGGGACAGUGGAUGUGGAGCGACGGAUCAAAGUUUGACUAUACUAGCUUUGCUAUCGGUCAGCCUGACAAUAUUCAACAAUCAGAAAACUGCCUGGAAAUUAACUACACUGUGUACAAGUGGAACGACAGAUCAUGUGUCCAGCCAUGGCCAUUUAUUUGUGCCAAAAGAAUCUGAAGCCUCCAACAAUUCUGUUUUUGGUGGGAUUUCUUUUGGGAUUAAUGGGUUUAUAAUCUUUUGAAAUAAAAAGUAACAUUAUAAACACAAACUUGAUUUAAUGAUCUUUAUGCUGUCAAAUAUUUUUACUUCAUUAAAUGGUGUGAAAACUUCA